GUCACCGUUGUCGAAGAGGACCCAAAGAGAAGAGAAGUUGGUGAGGCAAGACGGUCGGUGGAGAAUGGGAGGCGCCAGGAGAUCGAUGGCCGAGGAAGUGGUCGUGUGGGCGGCGGAGGACGAACACUGGACGGAGUGGAGAUGCCGGAAGCACACAUCCUCGUCCCAGCCCCGUGAUGGCAUUUGCCCUGGCUGCCUCCGCGACCGCCUCCUCCGCCUCUGUCCCGACUGCGCCAACGAACGCCCCUGCAGCUGCUUCCGCCCCUCCUCCUCCUCCUCUUCCUCCUGCUCCUCCGUUUCCUCCAUCUCGCUCGCCGAUCUCGCGGGAUCCGCCGGAGGCGGCGCCGGGAUCGGGGCAGUGGGACUCGUGUCGAGGUUGAUCGACAGCGAGCCGGCGUUCCGGCGGUCCAGAUCCGUCGGCUUCCAGCUCCUACGAACGAGAUCGGUCGCCAGACACGUCGACGGCGGGGAAGCUCCACGGCGGCCGAAUCGAGGGAGGAGGUGGGCGUUGUUCUGGCCCUUCCCGAGGGCGGCGGGCGGGAAGGAGUCAGCGGCGGAGCUAUCGAGGUCAAGGUCCGUGGGGGCGGCGGGAUUGGCAGGACCCGGCGGCGGGGAGGACAAGGGAAAAGCAUGGGGGUGGCAUUUCCCGAGCCCAAUGAACGCUUUCCGGCACCGGCGGUCGACGGAGCUCGUACAUGAGAGGUCGCCGUUGUACUUAUUCCGCGGGUGACAGAAACGCUAAACGAGGUCCGUGAAAAAAAGGACAAUUUCUCUUUAAAUUGUUUUGCCUGUUAAGUCCAUUUCUCUAUUUACAUAAAAACUUUUAUCUGGCAAAUUUUCACGCUAUUCGAAAGCUUUUAAAUGUUCGAUCCCGAAUUUAUCGAACCUUUUUCUUAUCAUACUUAAUCUCACCGUCCGUCCGAUCAUUAUCAGACGGCUAAUUUG